UGGAAAGUGGUAUGCUGCUCCUUUGCUUCUCUGUCUAGUCCUGAGCCUCUGUCUGGUGCCGUCUUUAUGACUCUGCAGAGGAGGUGGCCAAGUUGGAGAAGCACUUGAUGCUUCUCCGACAAGAGUAUGUCAAGCUGCAGAAGAAAUUGGCAGAGACAGAGAAGAGAUGCACUCUUUUGGCCGCGCAAGCAAACAAGGAAAACAGCAGCGAGUCCUUCAUCAGCCGCCUGCUGACGAUUGUGGCCGACCUCUAUGAGCAGGAGCAGUAUAGUGAUCUAAAGAUAAAGGUUGGGGGAAGGCACAUCAAUGCUCACAAGUUUGUCCUGGCGGCCCGCAGUGACAGCUGGAGUCUGGCCAAUUUGUCUUCCACCAAGGAGCUGGACCUGUCAGAUGCUAACCCUGAGGUGACAAUGACAAUGCUUCGCUGGAUCUAUACGGAUGAGUUGGAGUUCAAAGAAGAUGAUGUGUUCCUGACUGAGUUGAUGAAACUAGCUAAUCGGUUUCAGCUACAGCUCCUUAGGGAGAGAUGUGAGAAGGGUGUUAUGUCUCUGGUGAAUGUCAGGAACUGUAUUCGCUUCUAUCAGACCGCGGAGGAGCUAAAUGCCAGCACUCUGAUGAACUACUGCGCGGAAAUUAUUGCAAGUCAUUGGGAUGACUUGCGAAAAGAGGACUUCAGCAGCAUGAGUGCUCAGUUGUUAUACAAAAUGAUCAAAUCCAAGACUGAGUACCCAUUACAUAAAGCUAUCAAAGUGGAGAGAGAAGAUGUGGUCUUUCUUUAUCUAAUUGAAAUGGAUUCACAGCUCCCUGGGAAGCUGAAUGAAUUGGAUCAUAAUGGAGACCUUGCUCUAGACCUAGCUCUUUCACGGCGCCUGGAGAGCAUCGCCACCACGCUGGUUAGUCACAGAGCUGAUGUGGACAUGGUAGACAAGAACGGCUGGAGCUUGUUACACAAAGGAAUCCAAAGAGGAGAUGUCUUUGCUUCCACUUUCCUCAUCAAAAAUGGGGCCCACGUCAGUGCUGCUACCUUGAGUGCCCAGGAGACACCGUUGCACCUGGUGGCAUUGUACAGUUCAAAGAAACACUCAGCAGAUGUGAUGUCUGCAAUGGCACAGAUUGCAGAGGCCCUUCUGCAGGCUGGUGCCAAUCCCAACAUGCAGGACAGCAAGGGCAGGACUCCCUUACACUUGUCCAUCGUGGCCAGGAACGAAUACGUGUUCAAUCAGUUGCUGCAGUGUAAACAAUUAGACUUAGAACUGAAAGACCACGAGGGCAGCACAGCUCUGUGGCUGGCAGUGCAGUACAUCACUGUGUCCUCUGAUCAGUCCGUUAACCCCUUCGAAGACCUCCCUGUGGUCAACGGGACUUCAUUUGAUGAAAACAGCUUUGCAGCGAGACUCAUUCAGCGGGGCAGCAACACCAACGCACCUGACUCUAAAACAGGAAAUUGCUUACUGCAGCGGGCAGCUGAAGCAGGAAAUGAGGCAGCAGCUCUUUUCCUGGCAACCAGUGGUGCCCACGUCAACCACAGAAACAAGUGGGGAGAAACCCCGUUGCACACAGCCUGUAGGCAUGGCCUGGCUAACCUCACCGCAGAGCUCCUGCAGCAAGGCGCCAACCCAAACCUGCAGACCGAGGAAGCUCCGCCUCUGCCGAAGGAGGCUGCGUCCCUGGCAGGCUCCGUGGGCAGCGUUUACCUGCAGACGCCGCUGCACAUGGCCAUCGCCUAUAAUCACCCAGAUGUGGUGUCUGUCAUCCUGGAACAAAAAGCUAAUGCUCUUCAUGCCACCAACAACUUGCAAAUUAUUCCGGACUUCAGCCUCAAGGAUUCCCGAGACCAGACUGUGCUGGGCCUGGCAUUAUGGACAGGCAUGCACACGAUCGCAGCCCAGCUGUUGGGCUCCGGGGCGGGCAUCAACGACACCAUGUCGGAUGGGCAGACGCUGCUGCACAUGGCCAUACAGCGGCAGGACAGCAAGAGCGCGCUCUUUCUCCUGGAGCACCAGGCGGACAUAAACGUCAGGACUCAGGAUGGGGAGACAGCCCUUCAGCUGGCCAUCAAAAAUCAGCUCCCGCUUGUAGUGGAUGCCAUCUGCACCCGAGGAGCUGACAUGUCCGUGCCGGACGAGAAGGGGAACCCCCCGUUGUGGCUCGCGCUGGCCAAUAAUCUGGAGGACAUCGCAUCGACUCUGGUCAGACACGGCUGUGAUGCCACAUGCUGGGGCCCAGGACCUAGCGGGUGCCUUCAGACACUCCUGCACAGAGCCAUCGACGAAAACAAUGAGUCCACCACCUGCUUCCUUAUUCGCAGCGGCUGCGAUGUGAACAGUCCCAGACAGCCCGGUGCUAAUGGAGAAGGCGAGGAAGAGGCCAGAGACGGGCAGACCCCCUUGCAUUUGGCAGCCUCCUGGGGACUGGAAGAGACGGUCCAGUGUCUUCUGGAGUUUGGUGCCAAUGUAAAUGCACAGGAUGCAGAAGGAAGAACACCUGUCCACGUGGCCAUCAGCAACCAACAUAGUGUCAUCAUUCAGCUGUUGAUUUCUCACCCUGACAUCCACUUGAAUGUCCGAGACAGACAAGGGCUGACCCCUUUUGCCUGCGCCAUGACUUACAAGAACAACAAGGCGGCCGAGGCCAUCCUAAAACGCGAGUCUGGGGCUGCAGAGCAGGUGGAUAACAAGGGCCGGAAUUUUCUUCAUGUGGCAGUUCAGAACUCUGAUAUUGAAAGUGUCCUGUUCCUGAUCAGCGUCCAGGCUAAUGUGAAUUCCAGAGUCCAGGAUGCUUCCAAGUUGACCCCUUUGCACCUUGCUGUCCAAGCAGGCUCGGAGAUUAUCGUCCGCAAUUUGCUUCUUGCAGGAGCCAAAGUGAAUGAAUUAACCAAACACCGCCAGACCGCCCUCCAUCUCGCUGCCCAGCAGGACCUGCCCACCAUCUGCUCGGUUCUCUUGGAGAAUGGAGUGGACUUUGCUGCUGUGGAUGAGAAUGGAAAUAAUGCUCUUCAUCUCGCUGUCAUGCACGGUCGACUCAACAACAUCCGGGUCCUCCUGACUGAGUGCACCGUGGACGCCGAAGCCUUUAAUCUAAGAGGCCAGUCGCCACUGCACAUUUUGGGACAAUAUGGCAAAGAGAAUGCAGCAGCCAUCUUUGAUCUCUUCUUAGAGUGCAUGCCUGAGUAUCCUCUCGAUAAACCGGAUGCAGAAGGAAACACGGUGCUGCUUCUAGCAUACAUGAAGGGGAAUGCCAACUUGUGCCGUGCCAUCGUCCGAUCUGGGGCUCGCCUCGGGGUGAAUAAUAACCAAGGAGUCAACAUUUUCAACUACCAGGUUGCCACCAAGCAACUCCUGUUCAGACUGUUAGAUAUGCUGUCCAAGGAGCCGCCCUGGUGUGACGGCUCCAACUGCUACGAGUGCACUGCCAAGUUCGGAGUCACGACUCGCAAACAUCACUGCCGUCACUGCGGACGUCUUCUCUGCCAUAAAUGUUCAACCAAGGAGAUUCCCAUUAUAAAGUUUGAUCUGAACAAGCCUGUGCGAGUUUGCAACAUUUGCUUUGAUGUACUGACUCUGGGGGGGGUCUCUUAGUGAGCCCCCAGGAGGGUCCGGGCCGCCUCCCCAGUCUCUUCCCAGCAGCUGCUCUGCUCACCAGGCUGACCCCCAGAGCAGGAGCUGGCCGGCGUCUUCCCGCGGCAAUAGACUGGAACAAACAAUUAAGGACCAUGUGUGAUAGAUCCCAUUUCAGGUGACUCUGUAUGAUUGUCCGUGUGACUGUGAUCGAGUUCACUAGGUGUCAGACUAAUUGGGCCAGGCCACGAGCCUAAGUGGUAAAUGUGAUAGGAAUUAGACCCCAUUCUGCUAGCAGCAUACAAGAACACUUCCAGAACCAUUCUCCCACCCAGUAGCCUAGUGUCCAUCUCAGAGCGCUCACGAAGUCUUCCUGCCUGGGCGACUCACGGGUCGGCUGCUCCAGGAGCGCUGGCCUUACUCCAGGGUAAGUGGCUUUGGACGUUCCUGCACAGUGUUUUCAUAAAGAUUAUAGGAUCCUCUUGCCCUGAAGUCUUUUUUUUUUUUUUUAAAUAAAGCUAAGCUGUAUUUAUAGUGAGCUACCCCUUUUUAAAAAGGUGAAAUCUUUCUAAACAGGGUUCAAAAUGAGAGCUGAGAAACCGUGGCCUUAACAGCUGAAAGCUUUACCAGUAUUCAUGCUACUCGGGUGUCGGCAGUGCAGUUUGGGCUCGGCACCUCCUGGCAGCCAUCUCCUCUCUCACCUUGCUGUGUCCUGUCUGUGGAGUCCUCACUCUGCCACUAGGGAGUGGUGGAGGAAAUGCACUUUUAUUGUGCUGCACUUUUUAUAUAGCUGCAUAUUGGUGAUUCCAAUUUUAAAAUCCAUAUUCAAAAAAUACACCCAUGCAUCAGUGAUUCUAAUGAUCAGCUUUGACUGGACCUCUGCUCACACUAAGUCUUAACGGGAAACUCCUGCAGAGUAUCAUUUGGAGCAAGAGUCACACAGGCCAGGGGAUGAGAAGGGGAUCUCCAGCCUCAGGUGGAACGUCCCAUCUCCUUGACAUGAGUGCUUCUUGCUGAAACUGCCCCUAGUUAUGCUGUGAAUGCUGUUGGUCCCAGGUCCCAGUUCUGUGUAGCUUACCCUGCCCCAUAAGAGCCCGCAGCUGAAGGCCCUGGCCAAACGUGUGUGACCUGGUUUUGAAAGGCUCUGGCUUGGAUGCUGAAUUGGGCCACAGCUUAUUGGGCCUUAGUCUCUGCUUUACAUAUAUUAACCCUGAGGUGUUAAACAUCUUUUCAGGGUUUGGCCAGUUUUUUAAAAAGUACACAUUUAGAGAGAAACUUUUACCACUGCUUAAAAAAAAAAAAAAAGACAACUCUGAGAUGAACAAUAUGUGUUACACAGUUAUACUCAGAGAUUAACAAUCUCAGUCAUACAUACUGAUUUUUCAGACAUUUAAUAACCACUACAUUUUUUUUGCAUUAAUGAAGUAUGGAUAUAUGUGUAAAGGGACUAAAUAUUUUUUGCAACAGCCUGCUUGUUUGUUUGUUUGUUUUGGAUGGUGGUAUGUCCUCUAUGUUGCUGUAGAUUUAUACAUUCGAUUACCUAAAUGUGUGUGUAAGAUGAGCUGAUAAACCAGAGUGCUACUUUUUUUUAAUAUUUCUGUGAUUUAUAAGAUAUAUAUGCUUUCUAUGUUAAUAUGAGCUUGUGCACAAUGUUUAAAAGAAAAAUUAGAAGAGUUGGGGACUAAAAGUCUGUGACAUGUUUCAUAUAGAAUUUUUAUAGAAAAACGAGUGUUGGCAAACAUGUGACCAUGUGAGGCAUGUGGUCAGUUUCCAUCUUCUGUGGCCCGAGGGCCACAAGGAGGUGAGCGCAGUUGGCUUGAUUCUUUAAUUGUCAAGUAAGAUAGUUAUGCUCCAGGUAUGAAUUGAGGUGGUUGGGCCUUUUUACUUGUUUUAACAUUCAUGGUGGGGAGAGGAGGAUGGGAAUUCAGUCAGGGAUGAGGCUGCCUGUCCUUCCCCUGCCCUGCCAUACCAAUUUCAAUAACAAUAUUGCCUCUAAUUGCACUUAAAAUCAUGUUUAGAAUAUGUUGAGUCUAGGGAUAGCUAUGGUACUGAGCAGCCGUGAGUCGGGAACAUUUUGUGAGUUCCGCAUUGGCAGUCUUGCAGGCCUAGGAAAAGCACCUUUCCCCAGACUAGGACAUCUCCCUGACCAUGCCAGCGGCACUGGGCUCUGCUCUGCAGGUCCCUUGAGUGGCGGCUGCCUGGUGGGCCUGUCCCAUUCACUGCCUGGCGGGGACUUGACCCCUCUCAGUCUCCUUUGUGCUCUCCAAGAUGACAAGACUUGGCUAUAGAACUCCCUGGCUGUUCCUGUUAAAUUUAAUUAGUAACUUAAAUACUAGUAGCAAAAAUUAAAUUUUAUUCAUUUAGAAAGUUGCCAAUUGUAAAUGAGUAGAACAGGAAUAAACUUUACUGAGGUAUAAUUUGCUGCACCAAUCAACAUUGUUCUGCUGACUUAGCUUUUUAACUGCCUCUUGCUCAUCACCAGAUUUAUUAUACAGUGUGUUCUUAACAGUUGGUUUUUAAAGACAAAGGUACAAACUAUGUGCUAUAUAGGAAUCCAAUGCCUAAACUAACUUGCUAUGAUCCUCUAAGACAGAAAUUUCGCACAAACUUAAGUGCCUACACGUAGGACUUUUUAAUUUUCAGUUAUGUUUUUAGUGGUAUCUCAUUGAAUGAUGUAUUAGAACAUGUGUUUCAUCUGGAGUUUGUUGCCUGUGCACUGUCAACCCCAAAUACCCAUUUAGUCGAGGCUGGAUUAGAUUGCUCAGUUCACCUGCCAUGUUCUCUCCAAGAGUGGGGUCCCUGUGACUGUUAGUCCUCUACCUCAGAGCCCUGAGUCAUUUCUGACCGCCCUGUUCAGCUUCCUCACUCUUCUCCCUGAAUGGGGUCCCUGCAUGGAACUCAGCGUGCUUGUGGGAUCCCCACCACUCCCAACUCGUGUCUCCAUCUGCUGUAUUGAACUGUAUUGUGCUAAUCUUAUCUAUAGGCAUGAAGUGGAGGGAAAGUCUUGGGAGGGGAGAGAGAGCCUUGAUCUCCAGGUAGGUUUCUUUAAUCUGGAGAAAAAGAACACUGUUGAACUAUGUAAUGUUUAGACACGAAAGGCAAAAUAAUCCCCCAGGUGACAGCCUGAGCAGUUAAAUAUAACUCCCACGAACAGACCCACUUGGAGUUCACAGGUGGAAACUGUGAAGGAGCUCCUGCAACAAGCUUUCUUCCAGGACCUGGGAUUGCUUCUCUCAGGACGAGCCUGGAAGAUCUGGACACUGCAAGCCCAGCCCCUCCUAACCUGAAGCAGCGGAGCUCCCCUCCCAGCUGGGGAGAGGGGGCGGCAGAGAGGAAACAACUUCCAAAGAGGUUUGGAAGCCACAUUGUCCUUUUGUGGGAGAACUUGAGUGAGGAGCUGAUCAUUUGAUAAGAUAUUACUAAACACUUACUAAAUUCCCAAAAGUAAUCAUAGAUGCCUUAAAGACAUUUUUUGGAAGAUCAUUGCCUGUAUGUUUCCUUUUUUGUGUGGCAUAAAUAAUGUAUUAACCUGUUACAAUUGACAUUGGUUUUCUGCAGCUAGGUGGACUACUUGACUAAUGGCUUGUCCUUGGCAGAUGUGUAGAGUUGGCUGUUACCAAGGGAGAGGGCAGUAACUGGGCAGAAACUGAAGCCACACAUUUGGGUUGAUCACCUUGGCUUUCAAGCCGUUGGGGUGCUGUUCAGUGUGGGGUGAUGGCAUCAUAUCAGACCAUGGCGCUUAUCAGCAUUGUUUCUUUGUAGUCCAUGUAUGGAAUGUAUUUUUCAAAUAUUGAUACUUGCAUUUUCUGUAACAAUUCCUUAUAAUAAAAUGAGGUAAAUUGUGCAUUUAAAGUGGAAA